AGUGGGUGUGCCCCGAAACUGUGAAGGUUGGAUGACACACGUAACGAGCCAGUCGCCUCAUACACAGCAAACCUGCGAGAAUAAUCAUGGGGAAGACAGGUGGACGAGGGGACUUUGAAUGGGUGUACACUGACCAGCCUCACACCUCCAGAAGGAAAGAAAUCCUGGCCAAGUAUCCAGAGAUUAAGUCCCUCAUGGGUCCGGACCCCCAGCUGAAGUGGGUGGUAUCUGGCAUGGUCAUCACCCAACUUGUGGCCUGCUACAUGGUCCACACCCUCUCCUGGAAGUGGAUUUUCUUCUGGGCGUACGCCUUUGGUGGCUGCAUCAACCACUCCUUGACCCUUGCGAUUCACGACAUCUCUCACAACGUGGCCUUUGGCAACAAACUGGCCAAGUGGAACCGCUGGUUUGCCAUGUGGGCCAAUGUGCCCAUCGGACUGCCUUACUCUGCCUCCUUUAAGAAAUACCACAUUGACCACCACCGGUAUCUGGGAGGCGACAAACUAGAUGUUGAUAUCCCUACCGACAUUGAGGGAUGGUUCUUCUGCACCCCGACCAGGAAGGUCCUCUGGCUCUUCCUGCAGCCCUUUUUCUAUGCCCUGCGCCCCUUGGUGGUCAAUCCCAAACCAGUCUGUCAGCUGGAGAUCCAAAACGCAAUGGUUCAGCUCAUAGCAGACCUCAUUAUCUACUAUCUAUGGGGGCUGAAGCCUAUUGUUUACCUCAUUGCGGGAUCUGUCCUGUGUAUGGGACUACACCCUAUCUCUGGACAUUUCAUAGCUGAGCAUUACAUGUUUCUGAAGGGACACGAGACCUAUUCUUACUAUGGACCGCUGAACUGGAUCACAUUCAAUGUUGGGUAUCACAUGGAGCAUCAUGACUUCCCGAGUAUACCUGGCAGUAAACUACCUCAGGUCAAGCAAAUUGCAGCCGAGUAUUAUGACUCCCUGCCUCAACACACGUCCUGGACGCGGGUAUUAUGGGACUUUGUGUUUGACGACAGCAUCGGUCCCUAUGCCCGAAUCAAAAGGGAAUACAAGCUGGUCAAGCAGGAAUAGGUCUGUGACUGACUCCAUCAGUCUAUGGACCACCACUGAAUGUCAGAAUAUUUUCGAGUUUAAAAGUUUUUUUCCCCCCAUGUGAUGUGAGUGCUCAUCACUGUAUGUCAACUUAAAAGCAUACACCACAUCCUGUGCUUGAAUUGAUAUAUGGCGAAUGAAUGUGCAGAUUACAAUUGCAUAAAUGCAGAGGAUUAAUGGACAGUUCAAGGAAAUGACAAAGCAUUUAGAGGGUUUCUGGAAAGCAUCCUCAAUCUAAUUAUUAAUGUCUCUUAUUCUUGCUUUAAGCCGUUAACUUAUGGCUGUGCUUUGUAAUAAGGUGAUGACAUUUCUUUGUUUUUGACUGUGCAAUGUUUAUCGGCAAUUAGACACAACAUAUAGUGUUUUUCAUUUUUAGAUACCAUGAAAAUUUUACUUGUAUAGGGUGAUAGUCACACACAUUAUCAUAAGUUUGUACUGAGACUUCACUGCCUCUAUAGAGCUUAUUUGCCGCUGAUCACCUCCCAGAAAAGCAAGACACUUUUUAAGUCAGGCUUCUGUAAGGACAGACGGAUCAGAGUCAAGGGACCCACAAAGCCUCUCAGAUGCCUUCAGGUGGUAAAUUAUAUUUCAUCAUUUUGAGUUGAGUGCUGAGAUGGAAAUGAGCAUUGAAACUUACCAUCUGUAAGAAGAGCCUUUUCUUCAGUGACGCCUCUUUCUGCUUCUGUUUGCACCGUCACAUUGAUGUAAACUGUUUGUCUAUAUUCACCUUCAUCUGUGUAGUGACUGAGGCAAGAUAAUUAUUGUUUCUAUAAAUAAUGUA